AUGUACCACCCAGACAAGCACCGCAGCCAACAUUCGACAUGCAUACUUACAUCUCCUCGCUUCGUGAUCGACCCCAAUCGACUGACCUCGACGCAGACGAUUCACCACCACGAGACGCCCGUGCUCAUCGUCGGCGCCGGUCCCGCGGGCCUGAUCGCCGCGCUUCAACUCGCCGAGCAUGGCACCCCGUGCAUGCUCGUCGAACGCAAUCUCGACACGACAAAGUGGCCGAAGAUGGACAUUACGAAUUGUCGGAGCAUGGAGCUGCUUAGGCGGUUGGGGAUUGACCGUGGGUUGAGGGAAGUAGGCGUCCCGCAGCAUUAUUCGUUCAAUGUCAAUUUCAGCACGGGCCUGUCCGAGGGAGGCGAGCUCAUCACAAAAUGGGACCUCCCCUCGCCCGAGUGGUGGCGCGCGCAUAUCAAAGAGACCAACGACGGAUCGAUGCCACGGGAACCCUACCAGCGUUGUUCGCAGGCGAUUUUUGAGGCAUGGCUGAAACCGCGGAUCCAGAACGAACCGCUCAUCGACUCGUACUUUGGCAUGAAGUUCGAAUCCCUCGCCGAGACGGACGCCGGCGUGGACUGCGAACUCACAGACACUGUGAGAGGCGAGACGCACCGCGUCAAGGCCCAGUAUGUGGUUGGGUGUGACGGGGGAGGCAGCCGCGUGCGCAAGGCCAUCGGGGUGGAUCUGGUCGGGGGUCCCGUCCCGGCAAAGCUCUACCUCGUGCACUUCAAGUCGCCCGACCUGACGCGGCUGCACCGCCAAGGCCAGUUCUGGCACAUCUUCUUCACGAGCGGGCACGUCAUCAUCUCGCAGGACGAGGUCGACACGUGGACCGCGCACACGCCGCUGCCGUUGGACUUUGACACGUCGACCCUCGAUCCCAAAGACACCAUAUACCGCGUGCUUGGCGGGUCGGGCCCGCCGUGCCACAUCGACAUCGACGAGAUCCUCGUGACCAGCACGUGGAGGCCCAACAUCUGCAUAGCGGAGCGGUACAUCUCGCGUGGCGGGAAGGGCCGGGUUUUCCUCUCCGGCGACGCCGCGCACCAGAACAUCCCGACGGGCGGGUACGGCAUGAACACGGCGGUCGGGGACAGCUUCGACAUUGGCUGGAAGCUGGCCGCCGUGCUGGCCGGCCACGGGGGCGUUUCGCUGCUGCGAUCGUACGAGACCGAGCGUCGCCCCGUUGCAGCCCGCAACAUCGAGCGCUCGGGCGUGCACUGGGCGGUGCACUCUUUCUACAAAGACCUAGUGGCGAAGACUGGGGACGCCGUAAGGUCCGAGACCGCGGACGGGAAUGACAUUCGCGAGCAGAUCACGCGCCACUUACAACACCACGACGGCGAGAACAAAGACCUGGGCGUCGAGCUCGGGUACCGCUACAAUGGAUCCCCCGUUGUUGUGCCGGACGGGGUGGCAAAAGAACCGCCCUGGAAUUAUACGUCGUAUGUCCCCUCGACGUGGCCUGGGGCGCGGGCGCCGCACGUGUUCCUCAAGGACUCAGCCGGCGAAACCAGCGUGUUCGACCUCUUUGGCCGAGGGCCCGAAUAUACGCUCGUCGACUUCACGGCCCAGGGCGAGUAUAUCGCCCUAUUUGAGCCCGAGGCGAAGAAGCUGGCCAUCCCGUUGAAGGGAGUGCAUCUCCCAGACGAAACGGACGUGAGGACCGUCUGGGAGCGGGACGCUGUGCUCGUCAGGCCGGACGACCACGUCGCGUGGAGGGCGGCGCGCGGCGGCGGUGGUGGUGGCGCUAAGGGCGCUAAGGGCGCCAAGGGCGCGGACAGCGUGGAUGUUACAAAGGUGUUAUUGACUGUCGUGGGCAAGGACGAGGUGUCCGAUGCUGACGCGAAUGAGGGCGCGGGAGUCGGAGCGGAGAUGAUGGCGGACGUCAAGGACAGGGGCUUCACGGGGACGAUUGGCAAUGUGGACCAGGAGAGUGUGCAGCAUUUGGCUGCCUUUCAGCGGUAG